AGAGCAAAAGUCAAUAGUUUAAACGGCGGUCAAUAUGGUUUCACAAGGGAGGUAAAUGCAGCUGCACGUAUACAAUCACUAUCCUUAUUCAUUGCCUGUGAGCGUUCGAUCAACGGCAAUAGCUGCUUUCACUGCUUUUGUGAUUUUAGGGUAUUAGGGUUAGGGUAUCAUCUGAAUCAGAUCGCAGAUAUUAACGGGAAAGGAGUUUAGGGGCAACUGGUACUUUAUCCGAGAAUGGCGGGACCAGAGGAGGUUAAGUUUAGGGUUUACAAUUCGAUGACCCAAAAGAAGGAGAUAUUCGAGCCCAUUGAACAAGGCAAAGUCCGCAUGUAUGUCUGUGGUGUCACUGCUUAUGAUCUCAGUCAUCUCGGCCAUGCUCGAGCUGCUAUGAAUUUUGACGUCCUCUACAGAUACCUGCAGCAUUUGGGAUAUGAAGUCACGUAUGUUCGGAAUUUCACUGAUGUUGAUGACAAGAUAAUUCGUCGAGCAAAUGAGAUUGGGGAAGAUCCAUUAACUUUAAGUAAUCGCUUUUGCCAAGAAUAUCUUGAUGACAUGGAUGCUCUCCAGUGCCUUCUUCCAACACACCAGCCACGUGUUUCUGAUCACAUGGAACAAAUCAUUAACAUGAUAACUCAGAUCAUCAACAAUGACUCUGCAUACACGGUUGACGGAGACGUUUUCUUUGAAGUUGAUAAAUUCGAAAACUACGGCGACUUAUCUAAACAAAAAUUAGAAAAUAACAGAGCUGGCGAGCGAGUUGCUGUUGACUCAAGAAAGCAUAAUCCUGCUGACUUUGCAUUGUGGAAGGCUGCAAAGCCCGGUGAGCCAAGUUGGGAGAGCCCCUGGGGCCCUGGCAGACCCGGGUGGCAUAUUGAGUGCAGUGCCAUGAGUGCGCAUUAUCUAUCACACAAGUUUGAUAUUCACGGUGGUGGAAUCGACUUGAUUUUUCCGCAUCAUGAAAAUGAGAUUGCCCAGAGCUGUGCUGCACACCAAGAGAGCCAUGUGAGUUAUUGGAUGCAUAAUGGACAUGUCACAAAUAACAAUGAGAAAAUGUCAAAGUCGCUGGGUAACUUUUUCACAAUUCGAGAGAUUAUUCAAAAAUACCAUCCACUGGCUUUGAGACACUUCGUGUUGAGUGCACACUAUCGGUCACCUCUCAAUUACACAGUUUCACAGCUGGAGAGUGCAUCUGAUGCUGUAUUUUACAUAUAUCAGACUCUGCAAGAUUGUGAGGAUGCUCUAUCUCCAUUUCAAGAAGGCAACACGAAAGAGGACACAAAACAAAAUGUCAGAACGGUUAAAAUUACCCCAGCUGCCCAAGAAUGCAUCAGUAAGCUACGUGUUGAGUUUGAGUCUAAAAUGUCUGAUGACUUGAACACUGCACAUAUACUGACUGGUGCUUUUCAAGAUGCCUUGAAGUUAAUAAAUAGUUCUUUGAAGACACUGAAGAAGAAGCAGCAGAGGCAAGCACAGUUAUCUACAAUUCAAUCCCUUGUUGAGGUGAAGAAAGAAGUUACAGAAGUUCUGAACACCCUGGGUUUGUUAUCUUCACAUACGUACUCUGAGGUUUUACAGCAGUUCAAAGAAAAGGCACUGAUAAGAGCAGGGUUAGUUGAAGAUGAUGUGCUUCAUUUGAUUGAAGAAAGAACGCUGGCCAGAGAAAAAAGAGAUUUCUCAAGGAGUGAUCAGAUCAGAGCUGAUUUGACGACUAAGGGCAUUGCACUCAUGGACUUGGGGAAUGAAACAAUCUGGAGACCUUGUGUCCCAGUAGAACAAGAACAGCCAGCAGCAUCUGUGGAAGAACAGCAAAAGGAAACAUGAUGUUGGUUGUCCAGUACAGUUUCUCUUUGCCUUGCGGGAAAUGAGGUUUCACCUGUAAUUUUCAUUCAUACAUCUCAAAAUUGUGACAUUUUUGGGCCCUUCACCUGUUAUACCCCUAAGGCUGUAAGCCAGUCCUCUUGGGUCUCGGAUUUAAAGCAGCAGACUGACCUUAUUUGCUUUUUUAUUUUUAUUUUUAUUUAUUUUUGCUUGGAAAGCUGCCUACAAACUUGUCAAGCAACUAUUCAUACAGCCAUUAUGUCAUACAGUAAAAGGAAUUAGGAUUAUAGAUCCAUGCAUAUGUAUUUGUUUUCAAAGCAAUCUGAGCAUACUUUAGUUUA